AUGGGGUCCUCAGGAGUGGAGAUGGAAUUUGCCCAGCACCUGGAAACCCUGCUUAAGCUGCGGGAGCGCCUGGGCAAGGAGACAGAGCCCCACAAUCUCUAUGAAACCCUGAAGGAACUCUCUUCUCAGCCCAUCCUGUGCGACACCCUGGAGAAGAUCGGCUUCAGUCAGACCAUCAAGCGCUUGAGGAAAGAGCAGCUCCUGGUCCCCUUUGCCAAGGAAUUUGCCACCCUAUGGUCAAAAAGGUCCCAGUUUGGGCCCCAGCCUGAGCAAAACCUACAGAACUUUGCCAAUCAGGUGAGCCAUGUGACAGAGUCGUCCAAAAAUUCUCCAGAAGACAAGCCCCAUGAGCACAGGUCUAAGGAAGACAGAGAAAAUGGGAGACAGGUCUUGGAGGUGAGCAGUAGCAGUAAACACUCAAGUCCUGGUCUAAGCCAGAGCCCAAGCUCGACCCUAAGUGCGAGGCUGAGCCUGAGCAACCACACAAACCAUGACCAAAAGGCAACUUGCAGCCCAAGGCUGACGUCAAGAGCAAGCAAAAAGCACAGCACAUCUUGUGGGGGCCCAAAGCUAGCUGCACAGAGCCAGGAGCAAGUAGCCAAGUGCCCCCGCAGAAGUUUAGAGAAGCCCAGGCAGCUCCGAGAGGAGAAGCUCCUCUCCAGCAAGUCAAAUGCUGGACCAGCUAAGCAGUGUCUUUCUCCUCUGCAGAGAAAGAGCCCAGGACACUGGAGUCUGGAAGAUCACCCUACUGAGCCUUCUGAGGCUUGCUCCAACUAUGACAGCUCUUCUUGCUCUGCCCUGCCCCUGCCGCAGCCUCCAUGUAAGAGGAGGAAAAAAUGUACCUGGACAGUUGAAGCCCAGCGCCCUGUAGCAAAGGCGCCUCUAGGCAAGUCUCACAGCAGCAAGGAACUAAAUUGCCUUGAUUUGAGUCCCCUUCCAGAUGAGGCCUCCAGUUGCCAAGAUGGCUCCUUCCUGGGCGACCCGGACUGCUCUUCUUUGUACACUGACCAAGAAGAAUCAACUUGGACACGAAGGGUCAACUUCAGAACGCCAGUCUAUUCGGGUCGCGCUCCUUCCAGGCUCCUGCAGAAAUCCAAGCAAGGGCGCCUUGCUGAGCCCUCUUGCUCCUUGAAAACUCACUGUCAACCAGCUGGGGACAAAGCUGAACCCUGGCAGCAAGUAGAGAUAUCCCUGCCCCAAACUCAUACUGCCAAGCCAAAUCCCACCCAGACUGAAACCCAGACUGAGACCCAGACACACUUCCAGCUGGAAAAGUCCCGCGAGCUCAGGUUGCAGGCCCUGAGAGCCCGCAUCCAAAGUGCACAAGCCAAGAAGCCACAAAGCCGCCAAACCAAAAUGAUCACCUUCGACGCCAAUAAUACAAGGCCAGGACAGCACAGAGACUCUGGAUCAGGAGGGGAGGCCUCCUCUGACAAGAACAGCCUCCCUAGCCACUUGCAGAGAGCUGCCAGUCUGCCUGCAGGAGGCAGCACCAAGACCCAGGCAAAGAAACGGAACCCUCUCAUGGUCAAGGCCCUCAAGGACUACAAGAAGAGGUACUCUUGCAGGUGA